GCUGAAACAGAUAAUAUAUGAAGCAUGGAAACACAGAGGGAUCUUUCCCAAUAAAAUAAUAAAACCGUGCAGGGAUUAAAAUAACACGUGUCUGGCAAAACAAAGGCCAGGAGUGCAAACCUGCGCAAAUAUUCGUCCCCGCCCUCUGCUUGUUACCUCUCACCAUUGGCGCGCAUCUUCUCAUAUAGGCUUCCCUAUUGGGGGAAAUUUGAGGCAUUUUAGGAAACGUGCUGGGUCUGCGUCUACUACUAAGCAAUAGACUACAUCCCCCAGAGUCCCUGGCGGUAGGUCUACGGCAGACAAAGAGGCCAGUUUAAGGGACGUGGCCCCAUUCCGCUACGCUUUUGUUCUAAAGGAAUCUCAAGGUUCCCACGAGAAACAUGCACCCAAGUAGAGACCGGGGUUAGUCGUUGUUUCCGCUUUCCAAACUCGGAAUCGGAGACGCUCUGCAAAAGAGGCGAGCGGAUUUCUGUGCGCAAAGGAACGCGCGAGCAUGGACACUCCUGGGAAAGUAAGAAGACAGCAGUUUCUCUUUCAUAUCGAAAGGCUGCAAGCCCAUCCAAGCCCUAUUUACCUGGGAGUAAGCUCCUCUGAAUUCAAUAGGUCUUACUUCUGAGUAGACACGGUUCGGAUUGUGCGCUGAAGGAUUACCCUUUCAUAAAGUUGCAAUCCCGCCCUCGCACACCUCCUCAGGAGUGUCAUUAAACUCAGUAGGUCUUACUUCCGACUAAGCAUGCGUCCACUUGCAGUUCAUGGUUCCGGUCACGAUAGGGUUUGAAACUUUGAUUGCUCCCAGGUUCUGGCUGUGGAAGCGGAUGAAAAGGGGAAAGUAGCCGCGUGCAGAAUUGUAUGAUCACCAAUUGCGUGAUCAAAAAAUAAUUGCAUUUAAACCGCAACCUUUAUGUGUCUUACGAAGUUGCAUGUGCAAGGAUUUAGGCUUCAUUCCCGGACUUCUUAGCAGACAGCUAUAAGAAACUUCCCCAGCCUAAAAAUGGUGCCCUCCAGAUAUUGCUGUUUUAUUUUAGCCUAAAAAUGGGGAAUAACAGUUAAUUUAAACAAAAAACGAAAGUGGGUUUUGAGAUGUUUUGAACUACAGCUCUCUGUAUUGUAGUCCAAAUGAUCUACAGAACACUGGGAUAGAAUCACAGAAUUGUAAGGGUCCACGAGGGUCAUCAAAUCCAACCCCCUUCAGUAUUUUGCCCAACGUGGGGCUCAAACCCACAACCCUGAGAUUAAGAGUCUCAUGCUCUACCAACUGCACUAUCCCGGUAUGGCAAAGGCUGAACUGCCAGUCAAUGCAGUACAGGGCAGCCAACAUGGUGCCCUCCAGAUAUUAUUGGACUACAUCUCCUAUCAUCCUUAACCAUUGCCCCUGUUGGCUGGGACUGGUGAGAAUUUGAGUACGGCAAAAAAUGGAGAGCAUUGUCCCCUGGUGUAGCAGAUGAUAGUGAGCAAGAUGGAGCAAGAGUCUGUCUCAGUACAGUACUUGUGGUUGUAUUUCUUGUGGCAAAGAAAUGCAUCUCCCCCCCGCCCCGGAGAGCUCUCAAUGAGAAAAUGCAAGAAAGAGUAUUGCGACUCCCAGAUGUUGCUUAACUACAACUCCCAGCUUCUGUUCUAGGCCUAUAUUGAGAUACCAGGUUACACCCUGGAGAUGGACACUAUACUUUUACAUUCCCCACUGAAGUAGAAGAUGAACCCACCACAGCAGCUUCUCUCUGAUUUCCCUUUCACAAAGUCCCAUCUGCUGCACCAAACAAGAUUCCAUUUAGGCUACAACCUGCAACUAUACACUUUCAUCCAAUCCUAUCUCCUUUUUGCCCUGCCCUGGGAUUGGAUUGAGUAUCUCAUUGUUCCCUUGUUUUUACAGACUAUAAAAUGCAAGGCUGCUGUCGCCUGGGCAGUAGGGAAGCCGCUUUCUAUUGAAGAGGUGGAAGUUGCCCCUCCAAAAGCUCACGAAGUUCGUGUUAAGGUAGAUGAAUUGUUUGUAGCCUUUUCCAUGCUCCUCCGUUAUGUGGAUAAUUUUUCCUAUCAAUGUACGACUUGUGUCUGUUGUUGCUCUGUUUCUCCAGCUGUUUCUGAAAAGGUUGUACAGAUUUUAUUACACUUGUGAGUCAGCAGUGGUAGUGAUGGGUAAGCUAAGAGAAAUUUAAGACUGGUAUGGAGUUUUCAUUCCAGUUUAAUUUGAUGCUGCUGAUCAUAUAUGUGUUUAUUUGUUUGAUUUGCAACACUUCCAAUAAGACAUCACCAAGUGAUUUAACAAUAAAGUCGUAUAUCACUGCUUAGACUGCAUCAUUUCAAGCAGUAUAUAAGUAGGAAUAAGAAUAAAUAUAGAAGAACAUCACUUAAAAUUCUUGUUGGAAAAUGAAGGUCUACAAUAGUCACUGAAAAUGCAAUAGACUUGGUGUUUUUCUGAUUUAUAGGGGGAAGGAGUUCCAAAAGAAAGGUGCCACCACUCUAAAGGCCCGAUUCCUGCAUUGUAUGGAACUGACCUCCUGAUGCAAUGUUAUCACAGGUCCUCUCCUACAGAGCACAGUGACCAUAGCACUUUGUGUCUUACAUGAUAACUUUGAAAUGAUUGCAAAUUUCAUAGAAUCAUAGAAUUGUGUGGUUGGAAGAUACUCCUAGGGUCACCCAUUCCAACACCCUGCAAUGCAGGAAUCUCAUAACAGUUGGCCAUCCAAUCUCUGCUUAAAAACCUCCAAGGAAGGAGAGCCCACAACCUCCUGAGGGAGUCCAUCCCACUGCUGUUAGAAAGUCCUUCUUGAUGUUCAGUAGGAAUUUGAUCUGUAUUAAGUUGGUGCCUUUCACUUCCAUUACACUAUCCCUAACUCCAACCUUAAUAUUAUGCUGUAAAUCACUGCAAAUGGAAACCCAAGAAGUCUUUGGAGUAGAGCAUCCUUCACCAUCCUGAUGCUCACCAGGUGUUUUGGUUUACAACUCCUGUUGGCUGCAGACACCACACGUUGCAGGGUGUCAAAAGCUGGGCUGGAGUAAACAGAAUAUAGAAUAGAGCACAGGGAAAGUCAAAGAAAUGCACUUUUUUCUCUUACAGGUAAUAGCCACAGGGAUAUGUGGAACUGAUGACCAUGUUCUGACAGGCUCUUUCCCUAAAGUCAAUUAUCCUGUCAUUCCUGGGCACGAAGGAGCUGGAAUUGUAGAGAGCAUAGGUGAAGGAGUGACUUGCGUGAAGCCAGGUACAUAAAAGGAUUUUAGAUGUAUUAUCAAUAUAUUUCUAAAGCACCACAGCAUAAUUUGACAAUGCACAGUUGUGGUAAAAUCUAUGCUUGCUCAAGUAACUCUUACUGUAUUUGAGAUUAUCCCUGGUGAACCAGCACUAAUCUUUGAAUGUUUCCACUACGUAAGUGCUCCUUCCUCUCUGGACUGUAGACUCUUUUUUAAAUUAAAUUUUUCUGAACAAUAACAUUGAGUAAAGGAUGUGUGUCAAUAUGCAGGCAGUGCCAAUUUAAAAGGACUGACUUAACACCCUAGUCCCUAUUGCAGCCUCCACCAACCUAAUGUCCUAAUGGACUACAACUGCUAUUGGCUCAAGCCAGCAUGGAAUGGAAACCACUUCCCAUGGAAACCACUUUCCUCUCUUGAGUAAGACAUGCGCCUACUGCCCAGCUGCUAAUGGGAGGGUGUGAGGGUGCCUUGCUCCAGCAGCUCCCAUGAUUCCUGGCCACUGGCUGUGCUGGCUGGGGCUGAUGGGAUUUGGAGUCCAAGAAUGUCUGGAGGGCCGUAGGUUCCCCACUCCCGAUGUAGAACUACCUGCUGCAGCCUGAAGUUGUAUGUGCCAGAAGAAGUUUUGCCACUUUAUUCCAAGGAGUGAAUAAUAGGCUUCUUGUUUACUUUGCUGAAGUGGACAGCAGGCUGGAGCAUUUGUUGAUGAGUCUUUGUUGUAGCAAAAAAAGCCUUGUGAUGCUGUGGUCACAGUAUUUUGAUACAUAGCUCACUCCCUUCACUGAGCACUGGUUAUGGAUGCAGACUCCCUUUGUUAGGUUGUUUCUAUCUACUAUAUUUUUAUGCCUCUUUUAUUUCUAGGAGACAAAGUUAUCCCUCUUUGUCUGCCUCAAUGCGGAGAAUGCGCAUCGUGCUUGAAACCUAACACCAACUGUUGCCUAAAAACCCAGUGAGUUGUUCUGGAAAUUUCUCCUGUAUUUCUAUUUCUGCUAUAUGCAGCACAGCUUUUUAUUAUUGACAAAUCCCGAUCUCUUUGAAACAGCCUUCUUGAGCCACAGAAUCUAAUGCCAGACAAAACCAGCCGAUUCACCUGCCAGGGGAAGUUAGUUCACCACUUCCUUUGGAUCAGCACUUUCUCAGAAUAUACAGUCAUGCCUGACUCAACCGUUGUUAAAAUUGAUGAUGAUGCCCCUCUGGAUAAAGUCUGUCUUUUCGGCUGUGGAUUUUCCACCGGCUAUGGGGCUGCCCUCAAUACAGCCCAGGUGAGAAAUCUGGUGCUCCGUUUAUGUUCCUUGGUAGACUCUUUUGGUCUGUGUAAUAGACAUGAGCUUCUUCCAUUGGAAAUAUGGCCUACAUUACCCUAUUCCACAACUGGAAUUUAUCCUUGUCCUCUUUUCUCCAUGGCUGUAUAGGUCACGCCAGGUUCCUCCUGUGCUGUCUUCGGUUUGGGAGGAGUUGGUCUUUCUGUGGUCAUGGGAUGCAAAGCAGCUGGAGCUUCACAGAUCAUUGGGAUCGACAUUAACAAAGACAAAUUUGUAACAGCAAAAGAACUGGGAGCCACAGAAUGCCUUAAUUCUCUGGAUUACAAGAAGCCAAUUCAGGAAGUGCUGGUUGAAAUGACAGGUCACGGUGUUGACUAUGCAUUUGAGGUUGUUGGGUGUUUGGAUACGUUGGUAUGUAUUGUUUUUAGUCAAAAGAUUUCUGGCUCCAACCUGCAAUUUGAUAACCAUAGUUCGCCAGUUUGGAAGAAAUUUCAAUGUGCAAUUAGUGCUCAACAAACCAGGAAAAAGGGAAUUGUAGCACACAAAGGGAAGAGGGAGGGAAGAGGAUUUGUAAGAUGAAAGAGAUGGCUCAUAAACACCCAUGACGAAGCAACAACAACCCUUACUUCAUUAUUCUCCAUUAACUAUUUUGCAGUGCAUCAUAAAAUGUCACUGUUCCUUUGCAUGACAGCAACCUGUUUAAUUUUUCCCCUACUUUGAUUAGACAGCUGCUCUAGCGUCCUGUCACAUGGGCUGCGGAGUCUGCGUGAUGGUUGGUGUGCCUCCUUUAGGCUCUAGGCUCUCCUUCGAUCCAAUGCUGCUUUUUACAGGACGCACCUUGAAAGGGAGCUUCAUUGGAGGUAUGGUGAUGCACCAUGAAUGAGCAAACAUGUGGAUGUAUGGACAUUUCCCAGUUUCUGUGUUUAGUACUGUGAAACCCUAAAUAGGUUAUGAAGUUGUUUAAUAACUCUGUCUAUGUGCCACUACUAAGAAAGUCCUUUCCCAGGUGGCUGAUCAAUGUGCUUCCACCCAGAUUGGCAAGAAGGGCCUCCAUAGAAGAUCUUUAAAGCAUGAAAGAAGGGGACAUUGUAGGGUGGCGGAGCUCACCUGACCUCCAGCUGGUCACAUCACUGCUGCUUACUGGGAGGUUCAGUAGGAGGAAUCAGGUCAGCAUGAUGUAUAUACAAUCCAGCAUUCCCACUGGUGUAUUUGCACCAUAUUGGCCUUGUCUUCUCAUUCCACCUCCCGGUAAGCAGUGACACAACCAGAUGGAGUUCAGGUAAAUACUGUUGCCCCACUUCUUUGCAGAGACACACAGACAACGACACCUGAUGGUGAUCUCAGGGCAUGGAUUCGUACUUAUUAGUAUUAGUAUUUUAUUUGUACCCUGCCCAUCUGACAGGGUUGUCCCAGCCACUCUGGGCGGCUUCCAACAUGUACUGUAUAAAAAGAGAAUAAAACAUUAAAUAUUUAAAAAAAUCCAUAUACAGGCAUUCCUUUAGAUACUGGAGUCACAAGCCGUGUAGGGUGUUAAAAAUUAAACUCUGCACUUAGAAUUGGCCCUGGAAAGGGGCUGAAAUGUUGAGUUGGUGUAAUAAAGAAUGCAUGUGCAUAUGUGAAUCUCUCCACCUACUACUACCUUCCCAGGCCAGGAAGGGAGGCUGUUUAACCCUUUCCUUCUCAGCCAUCAUUCCACUCGGCCUACGCACCCCUUGCCAUUGCCUGCCUGUCCCAUCCUAGCCCUGUCCAGAUAAGCUGCAGCAAUUUUUGUGUUUGGAGGGUAGCUCAGUCUCGCUAUACCAGCUACAGCUGUGUAUCUGUAAGAAUUCCUGGACUAGAAGUGGGAGCUGCAGGAUGGGUUCCUGCCAGAACCAAAUUUUGUUUUAAAGACUGGUUGUUGCUGCCCUUUAUUUUCUUGAAAGAAUAGGCAGUAGCAACCCACGUGUUUUCUGACUGUCCUCUUGCCCUAUCUUUGGCUUUAUAAGACUUUGAGAAUAUCACAAGCCUUGUAUUGCUGAGUCAUUUUUAUGGCAUGAAAAAAAAUUAUGGGUGAUAAACAUUGUGUGGGUCGUGGUGCUUAGCAUGAUAACAUAAGAUGAGCUCAAUGGCCGUCUCGUCCAACACUGUUCUCACAGUGACCAACUGGAUGCCUGUCGGAAACCAUUUGAAUGCAAGAGUACUCUUUUUUUUUUUUUUUAAUAAUUUUUACUAAAGUUUUAAACAACAAAGAAAGAAAAGAAAAACAUACACAAUACAUAUCUCAAAAAAAAAGAUAACAAAAACACACAAAAAAAAGAUUCAACAAUAAAAAACAAAAAACAUAACAAUUAAAAACAAUAUCUCUUUUCCAUUUCCGUUUUUUAGUUUACUUAUUUUCUGGACUUCCUCAUACCUCCCUCUUUUGUAUUCCAAUCCAAAUUGUUUGUCCAGCAGUUUCUUUUCCACUUUUUAAUCCCAAUCUUUAACUUUAAUAUGAUAUUGAAAUAUAUAACUUCAACUUCUUUAAACCUGAUCUUUGGUCUUAGUAUAAUAUUACAUUAAAAAUUUCCCUCUUAAUUGUCAAAUUUCCAUUUCUUUAAACAUCUUUAAUCCUAAUCUUUAAUCUUAGUCUAUCAGUAACUUUAACCUGUACAGCUGGAAACCACUUAUUUUCAGUCCAACAUCACUCUAACAUUCUUUAAUUUUGCAAUGUUUCUGAAGAUAGUCUUUGAAUUUCUUCCAAUCUUCCUCCACCGACUCUUCUCCCUGUGAAUGCAAGAGUACUCUUCCUUCCCGUGGUUUCCAGCGACUGGUAUUCAAAAGUAUUGCUGCUUCCAACUGCUGUUUUGUUGCUUCUCCAGGAUGGAAGAUGAAAGAUUCUAUCCCUCAGCUGGUAUCCAGUUACAUGGAGGGGAAAUUUAAGCCAGAUACUUUAAUAACCCACACCUUGCCAUUCAGCAAGAUCAGCGAAGGAUUCGAUUUGCUUCAUGCAGGGAAGAGGUGAGAUUUGUGACUUAUUGGUACUUGCAGAACUUCUUCCUGCUUUUUUUUCUGUUGCAGAAUUUUCUUUAAAGCCACUGACAUUCUGAGGAACUGGCCUCCUGGAGAUUUGUCUGAGAAGAAGGGAUUGGCACCAAUGACUACUUGGGAAUUAAGAGUAUUUUGAUAUUUAUAGGACAAUGUGGCUAAGUCACACCUGGACAUUGCAAGACCUACUUCAAUAAAACCCUGAUCUCAACCCUCCCAGGUAGACCAGAAACCCUUUGGCUUAUACUACUAGAGCUAUAGAGCUGGAAGGGGUCUGGGAGAUGCUCUAUUGAGUUAGGUGCAUUUUUAUAAAUCUCUUCCCCCAAGGGAGGCAUACAAAGUUUGUCCUGCUCUAGUGAUUGCAACAACUCUGUGAGCACUGUAAAGUCUCAGUUUCUUCUUGUCAAAUAUGCCUCACCAGCUCUGACCACAGUUCUGCAGCAGCAAAGUAAUGCUGGCAUUACCCCACCGUCAAUGGCCUUGGCAGUGGGCAGAGGAAUGGUAUCUGUCUGUCUCAGGAGACAGUGAAAGAAUGCACUUUUGGGGGUGAAGUCAAAUUGUUGGAAGGUUAUAGCACCUGCUGUGGCUGUAGAGACAUGUUUAGUUGCAGCAGGGGUAGAUGAAGGCAUCCAGUUGUGCUGUUGCAAAUGCACUGUGGUGUUUCUUCUCUCUCUGCUCCUCCCAGAGCUCAUUCCUCCUCUGGAAACUGCUGUGGAUACACAACCUGACUGCCUUGUCUACAGGCACUGCAGUCAUCUGCAAGGGAUUCCCACAUGGUGGGGUAGAUGUUACCAGCCUUCAUGUCACGUCUACAGACAUCUAUGUAAUGCAGAGUUGGUCUGCCAAUGGGCCUAGUGCCUGAAGCCCAUAGAGCACGCCCUUGGGGAUCCAGCCACCUUCCAUUCUGUGGACAUGGUCAAGCCAGCGUAGACAUCUCUGAGACAGGAGUGCAAACAUGCUGGGAAUGUGGACUUGGGAGAGCACACCUUUGUUUUAAACUCUGUCCUGCCAUGUGGUACCCAAAAUCCAGGAAUGCUGGUGGUGCUGUGGUCUAAACCACUGAGCCUCUUGGGCUUGCCAAUCUGAAGGUCAGCGGUUUGAAUCCCCGCAACGGGGUAAGCUCCCGUUGCUCUGUCCCAACUCCUGCCAACCUAGCAGUUUGAAAGCAUGCCAGUGCAAGUAGAUAAAUGGGUACCGCUGCAGAGGGAAGGUAAACGGCGUUUCCAUGCGCUCUGGUUUCCGUCACGGUAUUCGUUGCGCCAGAAGCAGUUUAGUCAUGCCACAUGACCCAGAAAGCUGUCUCUGGACAAACGCCAGCUCCCUCAGCCUGAAAGUGAGAUGAGCGCCACAACCCCAUAGUUGCCUUUGACUGGACUUAACCAUCCAGGGGUCUUUUACCUUUACCUUUUUACCCCAAAUCCUCCUGACACAGUGCAUGUGUAAGGCAUUGCGAGGUUGCUGCUGAUGGUUGUAAGUUAUGGCUCACUUACAUAAAGCAGCGUGCUUGACACACAAGCCUCGUAGACCUUCAUCUUGGUAUCCCAAUUUAUCCCUCCCCACCUCCCCACCACACUUGGUGCAAAGGGGAUUUGGAUUGCUCUGUACCACAAACACAUAUAAAAAUAUAUCUAUGUGGUGUAUGAAAACUCAGUAAGCUUAUCUUAGGGUAACUGCAGCUAUCUAAGGUGCCAGUUCUCUGUCGCAUGUGGCCACAUAAUGAGGUGAGAUUUGCCACCUCGCCAAAAUGCUGUUGGAUACUGGAUACUGUACUACUAGAAGCAGACUGCAGUCAUGUUUCUCUCCCUUUCCUCAGCUCCAAGUUGCCAGCAACAUCUGUCCAACAGUAUGUUGAACAAAAAAUUAAUGAUCACAUGGGGGUCCAAAAAUAAACUCUGCUUCAUUGCUUUUUCAGCAAAAGGAUUUGCAAAGUUAACCCUACUUUUUCCUCUUUCAGCAUUCGUAUUGUCUUGGUGUUUUGAGUUGCUGGCUAGCUGAAGCUUCCCAAAUGCCUUCAGCCUGGAACGUCUCAGAAAGAAUUCUCUCUCUUCCAAAUGUGGUUGCUUUUAAAAAAUAAACAAAAACAAAUACACUAUAAAAACUGCUGGCAAAUGACAUGAAGUGCCUUUCAUACAUUUUAUUAUAGGAGUGGAAAUGGUACAAACAAACAUAGCAUGGUUCAUGACAGUGAGCUGGUUUCAC